AUGGGAAAGAUUGAUGUUUUUAGUAAACGUUUCUAUUGCGACAACUGUUGGGCCGUUUUUUAUUCUACAAACUCCAAUGCAGAAAUUGGUUACAUGGUUCCGCCUCCACCAAAUACUUCCUUCUCAACUCAGGUCUUAACACGGUGUAUUUCAUUAUUGAUUGACACUAUUAAUCCCAAAGCUCCUACAAAUGAUGUGCUUGAGCUUUGUUGUGGGGGUGCUGUUGCACGCAAAUGGAUAAAAAACAAAUCGACUCGCUACGUUGGUCUUGAUUUGAAAUCCAGUGUAGUAGAGGCUACGACUGAACUUAUUUCUUCACUUCAAGAUGAAAUGUCGGGUAUCUCAAGCUAUGACGUUAUCUGUGCCGAUGCUUUUUCUCCAGAUUUGUGGACGCAUCAUAUCACAAAAAUUCAUCCUCGACAAUUUCAUACGAUUACAGUGUUUUCCGGAUUUCAACAUGCCUUUGACAACGAGAAAAAAAUACGCCACGUAAUAGGCAGUAUAGCCAAUACACUGGUUCCUCGAGGGGUUUUUCUUGGAUGCUUUUUUGAUAUCAGUACGCUAUACGAAAAAGGUGACACCAUCAAUGAUUUGUUUACGGUUGAAUGGGAUGAUGAUUUUCGGCCACGAAAUGGUAACUAUUUUUUUCUUUCCAUUCAAGAUGAACCAAGAAAAAAAAUGAAUGUGAUAUCAAUUGACUUUCUGGUGGCGGUUGCGCAAGAAUAUGGGCUUAGUGCAAUUCCUGAGGCGUGCUUGACCUUUUUAGAGAUUCUGGAGAAUGAUCCAAAUUUUGCCAAGAAGUUUUCCAAGGGCGAAAAGGAGUAUCUCUGGGCUAUGAGAGCCUUUGCAUUUCGUAAGGACGGCAGCCCACAAACAACAGUUUCGCAAAGAGCUAAUGGUAGCAAUGGUGAAGGGAGGUAA